GCCAACUCUCACGUUGUAAACUUCAAUAUAAGAACUCAGCAAAAUGAGUAAAUUUGGAAGUAGUCCUGGUCCUGUACCAGAUCGAUGGCUCCAUUGUCCGAGAAAAGCAGAUCAGUUAAUAUUAAAUAAGAUCAUGGCUUUCAAGACACCGUUAUCCUCCCGAUUUGAUGAAGUAGUACCGCCAGAAUGUCGAUUUCCGCCUAGUAUGUUAUUUGAUAUAUGCCGAAGGAAAAAGAUCAAACUCGGCUUAUGGAUUGAUCUGACUAAUACAAGUAGAUUCUAUGAUAAAGAAGAUAUAGAAUCUCAAGGCUGUAAAUACCUUAAGCUCUCUUGUCGAGGGCAUGGAGAAUGUCCUUCUGAACAACAAACUACAGUUUUUGUUAAUUGUAUUCAUGAAUUUUUAUCAAGAAACCCUUUAGAUGUUAUUGGGGUUCAUUGCACACAUGGUUUCAAUAGAACUGGAUUUUUAAUAGUAUCAUAUUUGAUACAAAAAUGUGACUGCAGUCUAGAGCUGGCUUUAGCUAUGUUUGCGAAAGCUAGGCCACCUGGUAUUUACAAACCUGAUUAUAUACAGGAAUUAUAUAGAAGAUAUGAUGAUAUUGAAGAUUGUAUUGAAGCUCCUGAAAGACCUGAUUGGGAAUCAGAUUAUAGUGAAUCAAAUGAGAUGGCAGCUUCAACUUCAUCAUCAGGGUCGAAUAACAAAGAUGAUCCCCAGUUUAUGGAUGGUGUGCCUGGAGUAACUUUAUUCAGAGAAACUCCAAAAAUGUUUAAUCUCCAGAAAAAAGUGCAAAGAAUGUGUGAAUGGAGAAAGAAGGGUUUUCCAGGUUGUCAGCCUGUGACUAUGGACAAUGAAAACUUACAUUUAUUGAAACAAAAGCCAUAUAUGGUGUCAUGGAAAGCAGAUGGUAUGAGAUACUUGAUGCUGAUUGAUGGACCAGAUGAGAUUUACUUUUUUGAUAGAGACAACAAUGUUUUCAAAGUAUCCAAUUUAGUAUUUCUAUAUCGCAAAGAUCUUAAUGUACAUUUAAGAGAUACUUUACUAGAUGGUGAAAUGGUGAUUGACAAAGUUAAAGGGGAAAGUAUACCCAGAUAUCUGGUGUAUGACAUUGUUCGAUUUAUGAAUCAAGAGGUUGGAAAAACACAUUUUAGUUCUGUAAGAUUACUAUGUAUAGAAAAAGAGAUAAUAAGCCCCAGAAAUUCUGCUAAAGAAAAAGGCAUAAUCAAUCGAGACGAGGAACCUUUCAGUGUUAGAAAAAAAGAAUUUUGGGGUAUAGAAUGGGCUAAAAACUUGCUAGGGCCCAAAUUUGCAGCUAGCCUCUCUCACGAACCUGAUGGACUGAUAUUUCAACCUUCUGAGGAUCCUUAUUGUGCUGGUCGAUGUGACAGUGUCUUGAAAUGGAAACCUACUGAGCUGAACUCUGUGGAUUUUAAAAUGAGAAUUGUUAAGGAACAAAGGGAGGGAUGCAUACCCCGUAAAGUAAUUCAACUUUUUGUUGGACAAUUAAGUGAGCCUUUUAGUUAUAUGAAAUUCAAUAAGGAACUGAAGGAUCUCGAUGGAAAAAUUAUUGAAUGUAAAUAUGAGAGAAAUCAGUGGGUGUUCAUGAGGGAGAGAACCGAUAAAUCUUUUCCCAACAGCUUUGAUACCGCUAUGUCGGUUUGCAAGAGUAUACAGAAACCUCUUACAAAAGAAGCCUUGUUAGCCUAUAUAGAAGAUAUAGUUGAUGAGAAAAUGAUGCCGCCACCGAAAAAGAUCAAGAGAUGACUGAGUGAAAAAAAUUAGCUAUUUAUUGAUAUCCCCAUUAAAUAAAUCGUAUGUAGAUAUUCAUUUUCCGACAUAUUUUGAGAUGUGUAUGAAGGUGUGAACUUGAUAUAAAUACUGUGUAAAUUCUCGCAUGAUGUAGUCAUUCUUUAUUUAUGCAGAUAAACCAAUUCCAGUCA